AUGUUUCUCUUGCCAUCUUUGGCAUCAUCGAAGGUGGCCGACAAGGAGAUCCCCAAGAAGGCACCAACUGCAGGGCCAUCUCAACCAGCGGCAAAGAGUGCAGGCGGCAACAAACGUCGCAAAACCAGAGCUGAAAAGGGAUGCCCUGAGGAGUUGAAAAAGUUUCAGCUGCGCUGUGAGCAUGGGCCUGUAUGCUGGGCUUACAAUUUGAAGUCAGGUGGGAAGAAACGUUCAGUUUCACAAGAACUCCAGUCGAAAACCGACGAGCCAUCUCACAAAAAAGGCGGAGGGAAGAACAUGAAUGUUCAACACAUUGGUCAACUUCCUCCCAAAGUUUCACACGAUCCGACAACCGACAACCUCAAGGGUAAGCGGUUGGAUGAAUUUGAAAGUGCGCAGCACACCAAGUUCAGCGGCAAACUGCUGAGCGACCUGAUCUUUGUGGAAGUUUGUGCAGGGAGCGCGAGGCUGACACGCACUGCAAGAGAUUUUGGUUUCAAUGGAAUUGCAAUUGACCACACGACACAAAGGUCUUAUGGCGUCGACAUUUGCAUUUUUGAGCUUGAGGACCCGCUCCAAGUGGACGAGCUUUGCAAUUUCCUGGAGUCCGAAGCGGACAACAUCGCUGCAGUUUGGAUUGCACCGUCAUGUGGGACGGCAAGUAAGGCGAGAGAGCGGAAACUACCGCAGCUUGCAAAGCUGGGCAUCGAAGUUCCAAUUCCCUUGCGCUCUCAAGAGCAACCAGACCAGAUUGUUCAUUUUCCAACGUCUGAAGAGGCGGCUUACCCGCCGGUGUUGUGCCAGCGCAUAGUGGAAUGUGUAAAACAAAAAGCUGUUUCGUUUGGUGCUCUUUUAUCCACUACUCUUGGCGAGCAGCUGCAGCAACCAGAUGCUGAUGCGGCAGGUGCAGUUGAGGCUUUUCUCUCGUCACUGCCCAAAGGUGCUAGAAUCACCUCACGACAAUUGUGGAAAAGGGGUGAAUUGCGGGUCGUGAGAGAGGAACGCCAAUUUCUUUCUGGCGCUUCUGAGUUGGCUCCAGAGGAAAUGGUCGAAUUGUGCUGGAUUGGUAUUCCGAGUGAGCCAAGAGAUUUUGUGACCAGGGCCAUCGCAGCUGGACACCCUCGCAGUCUAGAUGUGCAUGUUGAUGAAACCAUGCAAAAGGUGGUGAAGCUCAAUUUGAUUGACCCCCCGUUUGUGCUUGCCAAGAAGCGUGUUGAAUAUUUAAAGAAAUGGACGGCCAGGGCAAAAGAGACGGUGGCUCAGGAGGAGGAAUUGAGGAACUCCAUGCCUGACCAUGUGCGUGAUUUGGUUCAACAUUUCGACAGUUUGGAGUUUGGCAGUUUUCAAACAGAUCUCUGGGAGCUGGACUAUAAUGGACAUGAUGCUCCGGGGCGCCCUCAAGAUGUCGUGCCUUCACCGUCGGAAGCUGUAGAUCUGCCAUCAGGUUCACUUGUAGAUUUGCCAUCAGGUACGGUUCAACAUGAUGAGUUUCAAUCUUCAAAAGUCAAUUUUUCGAACUUGCUCACACAUGCAAUGCGUGACACAGCUGCAAGUUCUUUUGUUUUGCCUUGGGAGACGGACGAAUGGGCAUGCAUUUUCAAUCCGGACAGUGACAUCAUGGACACGCUGCUCCCUUCGUUUGAACCCAAGUUGAAAGCUGUGAAACUCAACCCUGUAGAUGAAGAAGUUGUUGCAGUUGUUGCCAGGGAUGGGAAACCUCAAACACAUUUAGGAAAGCCGUUCUUUCAAGCUGCAGUUUCUCGUAGACAUGACGUGACGUGGACAGAAAAGAGAGAGGCUGAAUUGCAACGAGCUUUGAAGAAGUGGUAUGCCAUCAUUUGCAACUGGCCUGACAGCUGGUCCUGUAAAAGUGAACUUCUUGCUUGUGCCACAUCCUCAGAAGGACUUGAAUUGCUUGGAGACUACUUAACUGGCAAAGCACCGGCGACGCUGGUAAAACGUGCAAACAGCCUUAUUUUCAUGCAGAACAUGUUGAAUCAGCUGGGGUAUUUUUGGCCGUUGUCUGAACCAGAUUUUUACAGGUUUUUGAAGACACUGAAAAGUGCUGGACACUCUACCAGUCGACUGAAGUCACUCCUUGAGGCAGUAACCUUUUGCAGGUACUCCUUUCAUUUGCCGGAACUGCACGACCUGACGGUUAGCAAGAGGUGCUUGGGGGCAGUGGUGGACGAUUUGCCAGGCAAGGUUAAACAAGCUGAACCAUUGACUGUCUCUGAUGUCAAACGGUUGCACUGGGUUUUGGAACAUGGGAAUGUAUGGGACAAAGUCUUCAGUGGUGCUGCCUUGUUCUGCAUCUACGCUAGAGCCCGUUGGAGUGAUUUCAUCCACGGGAACCACCUGCGGCUGGAUACCCAGACAGAUGGGACUAUUGUCUACGCUGACAUGGAGGUGCAAGUUCAUAAGACUAUGAGGGCUUCAGCAAAUCGAUUCAAGUUUUUGGAUCUUGUAGCAUCUGGUAUUGGAAUUGCUGGGCACAAUUGGAUUGGACAUUGCUUGGACGCACUUGGACACAUAGGACGAGAUCCGCUCAGUGAGUUAGAUGGACUUUCCUUGAUGCCUGCGCCCGGUGAUGAUGGACAAUCUUUGCAACGCUCUUUGGAGAGCGACGAGGCAAGCAAGUGGUUGCGUUUGAUUUUGGGUGAAGAGAUUAACAGAAAGGACAGCAAGAGACAGAUUUCAUCUCAUUCCCUCAAAGCGACCCUUUUGUCAAUGGCUGCAAAGAGGGGACUUCGGCAUGAGGAUAGGCUGGCUAUGGGACAUCAUAUUCACCCUUUUCGAAUGGCAGACGUCUAUGCUCGAGAGGCUCAAGCCCGAUGCAUCAGGCUGAUAGACAGGCUGCUGGUGGAAAUUAAGACUGGCUUUUUCGACCCGGAUGCAAACAGAGCGGGACGUUUUCACAAAGAAUUUUUGCCAGAUGAUUCAGAAGACUUGGGUGCUGAACGUUUCUCAGAAGAUGCAUCGGUCAGAGAUGACAUCACUACUGAAGUCAACAAGAAACUUGACGAAGCUGAGAACGUAGUGCUCUCCCCAGACGAGCCACUGGAGGAGGGACACAUCACCAGCUCUUCCUCCGAAAGCGAGGCGGAGAGCGUGGAACUUGCAUGUCGUAUGAAAGACUUGUGGCUCAUAGGUGUGAGUGGUGCAGCCAUCACGUCUGGAAACAUGAGCUUCUCCUCCGUGAAACUUAGGUGUGGUGAAUUAUCCACUGCAUCGAUCUCGUUUUUCGAAUUGCUGGCUGCUCAGAACAUCAAUUCCUUUUCGGAGCUUGCAUUUUCGUGUGGCACUCCUAAUCGUCCACCAAGCGAUGAAGAGUUCAAGGGUCACGAUGCACAUGCUGUCCCUGCCAAACAGAGCACCUGCAGCGUCUUCAACAAUCACGUCGACUGA